UGUGUAAAUCUUCUGCAGAAUCGACGAAAACGGCGUGCGGCUUCCCCGGAUAGGCCACACUAAGCCCCAAAAAAGUAAAUGACCACCUGAGAUCUUCUGGAACGGAAUCUCUCGGAGCCGAUCUCCCGUAUCACGUGGCCACGCGCAAUCUGGCCCAGCCCAGUUGGGGCUAGCGCUUCUGCAGCGCUCCUCGGGAAACUCCAUGUUAGAUCCCGAUAUUGACAUACCCUGCAUAGUUCGUUCAGAUCGCUGUUCAACUCGCCCCUCUCCCGGAAACCGGCAUUGUGAACACCACAUCGACAGAACCAUCAUAAGAUUGAUCUCUAUUUUCCACAGACCCUGCAAUGACCUCCCAAUCACCACCACAAGAACAACAACAACAGCCGACAGUCAUGCCCGCCCCCCCCACCCGAACCGCCACUCUACUCUCCAACCUAGGAUCGGUGACGUCGCGCGUCACCGCAGCCGCAACGAAAGCCACCACAGAAUCACGACCCAUCCGGCUCAUCGCCGUUUCCAAGCUCAAGCCCGCCGCCGACGUCCUCGCCCUCCACCAGCCGCCCGCGGCCCACCUGCAUUUCGGCGAAAACUAUCUGCAAGAGCUGCAGGAGAAGUCUAAGCUGCUCCCGCCGACCAUCAAAUGGCAUUUCAUCGGCGGUCUGCAGUCGAAUAAGUGCGUGACACUGGCGCGCGACGUGCGGGGCCUCUGGGCCGUCGAAAGUGUCGAUUCCGAGAAGAAAGCCUCCCUCCUCGAUAAAGGAUGGGGGGAGCGAUCUGAGGAGCUGCGCGCAACCGACCAAGAGUCGCAGUUGCGGGUGUUCGUGCAGGUGAACACCUCCGGCGAGGAGAAUAAGUCUGGGGUCGAUCCCGUUUCCGGUGCGGUGUCGCUUUGUCGCUUUAUUCGAGAGAAGUGUCCACGACUGAAGCUGCAGGGGGUGAUGACGAUCGGGGCUAUUGCCAGGUCGAAGGCGACCACGCCGGAGACGGAGAAUGAGGAUUUUGUGUGCUUGCGGGAGACGCGCGAUCGGAUUGUGCGGGAGCUGGAGCUGGAAGGGGAGGAUGCCAGGUUGGAGUUGAGUAUGGGCAUGAGUGAGGAUUUCGAGGGCGCGAUUGCCUUGGGAAGUGAUGAGGUACGGGUGGGAACCACCAUCUUCGGGCAGAGACCGCCCAAGGACCAGGCGAAGGUGAUCUAAAUAUGGGUAUAAAAUCUGGGCUGUGUUAUGAGUUACGAACCUUUGCAUUCAAGAGGGGGGUCCCGGUAAUCCAGACAUAAAAGUACGAGGCCUUGACUGGAGCAUCCUACUGGUGUGGAUAACAGGUCUAUGCGACAGUACAUUGUGGAUGUUGAAUAUAUACCUCUUCACAUCAGUAUUCGAUAAA